UGCAGACCAGCUUCGAAACACGUCAUUUUACUUCUGGAAAAGAAGCAGGAAGUCACUGUGGGUGGAGAGAGAAUUCGGUCUGAUUUGUUUUUGUGGAAGAGCCUACCGCCUACGGAAUGCAAUGAGCCGAAUUCUCCACAAUACGCCUUUAUUAAAUAAACCUGUGCACAAUGAAAAGAUAAAUAGUGAAUGGUCUCCCGCGAAAUAUCAACGAGGCCCAGGAGUGUUGUUGGAGGGAAAGUUGCUGGACGUGUCAAGACAUUCCAUUACUGAUGUCAACAACCUGAAGGUGCGUUUCUAUGUCGUGUACAUCAAGCCCAGUCGCAUCCAUCAAAGACGGUAUGAUGCCUGCGGGACAGAGGUGGAGCCAAAUUUUAGCGACACCAAGAAAGUCAACACAGGCUAUCUGAUGUCCUCCUUCAAAGUGGAGGCUAAGGGGGAGACGGAUCGUUUAAGUGAGGAGCAGUUGGCAGGCCUGCUGAAGCAAGACGAUCUGCUGGGGUUGACAGAGAAGCACCGUCCGUCUGGCACAUUUGCCUUCUGGUACCCCGAGGCUGAUAUGGACAAAACAGAGUUGGAAGUGGGCCAGGAUGUCAGGCUGAAGACCAGUGGAGACGGACCAUUCAUCUACUCCCUUGCCAAAGUGGAUGGAGGCACCGUCACCAAGUGUAACUUCGCUGGAGAUGAAAAAGCGGGAGCGUCAUGGACCGAUAAGAUUCUGUCCAAUCGGGCAGAAUCAGGAAGUGAGCAGCGGCCAGUAGGAGGAGAAGGUGCAGGAGCCGAAGAAGAUGAAUGGGACGAUUAACGAAAGGAGGGAAAGUUAUUAUACAAGAUUAUCAUAUUUUCUGGGCCUUCUCCUAACUAUCUCAUUAUUGUGUGUGUGUUCCUCACAGUGUAGUAUGUCUCACGUAUUGCUGAAAUCUGACAAACUCUUC